ACCAGUCAAGGAAGAGGCUGUCAGAAUGUCAAAAUGUCACUGAAACGUUAACUACAUUAAGACCUGUAGACAUGGUAGAGAAGGGAAUUCUCUCCGGUGCUUAAGUACUGUAAGAAGAUUCUGUUGGGACUAAUGGAAUUGUAUCUUACUGUGUGAUUUCAGACUUUUAAACUUGUGUUAUAUGUUUUCCAUCAUGAAGUUCAACACCCAGUUCAUAACGUUUACAGUUAUUCUGCUGUCUAUUCAAAGUUUUACUUUGGAUGCUGCGGACUUACUGCUCUACGAAAACAUCCAACUUAAAGUAGCUAAUGCUGAAAUGGUACAUCAAAACCAAGUGAGCAACAUCAUAAAUUUGAGAGAUCUGCUUCUGAAAAAAGCAACUUACUCAAGGGAUUGCAAUGAACUUCUUCAACGAGGAUUCACUGAUGACGGCCUCUACGUGAUCCAACCAGAUCCACUAAAGUUAACACCACCCCUUGUGGUGAACUGUAACAUGAGUUAUGACUGUAGCGGUGGGUGGACGGUGCUGCAUCGAAACACCAGGCAGAGUGAGAUGACAUGGAAUGAAACAUGGACUGCAUACAAGUAUGGGUUCGGCAACAUUCAGGGUGACCACUACAUUGGCAAUCAAUAUAUGUACUACAUAACCAGCCAGAAGUGGUAUAAAGCAAGAGUAGUUAUUGAUGAGGAGAAAGAUGGUUGGACUCAACAGAACUAUGCUGAGUAUGAUAUUUUCCGGUUGGGUAAUGAGACCACAGGCUACAGGCUAGAACUUGGGGCAUACAGGGGUGGUGCUGGAGAUGCUUUGGCAGGUUAUGAAAAUAUGGUUGAUAAUUUGCCAUUUAGUUCGAGGGAUAGUGACACAGAUGGUGAUGCAGCUAACUGUGCUUCCAAGUAUGGUGGUGGGUGGUGGUUUGAUACUUGCUCUACCAGAAGCCCCUUUGCCAUGUUGACCCAGAAAGAGAAAAUUCACUGGGAACCUUUCUGCAAAAACUGCAGGCAUGCCGUUCUCAUGGUCAAACCUGUCAAUAUGUACUGCCGCUCUGAAGAAAUGACACGGCAGAUUAGAUACUAAUUUUAUUUCAAAAUGAGAAUGGUUCUUUGUGAAAUCAGUUGCUGGAACAAUAUAGUUUAAAUUGUGGAUGUAGGAACUUUUGGUGUAGUUGAAAAAUAAAAUUCAUUAAAGCACCCACAUAUUUUUUGGUUCCUGGAGAUUAUUUUAGCGAGCAAUGCAAAAAAUGGUGUAUUGGUAUCCUACUCUUAUAUGGACUCAGGCUAAUAGGGCCACUUAAUUUUCUUCAUUGGUGGAAAACAGAUAGCAAAGCUUGUCUGCCUGUUCUGCACUAUGGAAAAGAAUAAAAUUACACAAUGGCAAUCUUAUCCUAAGCAACAUCACAGCAAAUCUGCUGGCAAUUGUCAAAUAAAAUGAAAGAAAUCUGAUUUUCCAAUUUAACCCACAAAAUAAUGGAAAAUAUAAAAGUUCUAUAGAUAGCACCAACUAAUGAAUCAUGUAUCAAUGCUGUGCAUACUUGUUCAAAUUACCUCAACAUGCUGCUGGAAGUGCUAGCUGAGACCAUGAAUACAAAUGUAAGUUCACUUUUUAAAACACUGUGCAGAGUUAGGAACAGCAAGAAUGCUCCCUCUGAAUCCCCAGGAUUCCUCUCACCCUACCAGGAUGUGCGGAUGCCUCAAUUGGCAUUACAGCCACUCCAGGUCAGUGUAGGAGACACUGGGGAGCUUUCUUAGCACCAAUACAAUCCUCACUUAAAGUUGUGGUUGUGUCCUUGACAAUCACAACUUUAAGUGAAAUACUAAAACUGUAGAUAGGGGUGGUUAUCUCAAUCGACUGGACAGAUGAUAUGUGAUGCACAGUAUUGCCAACAACACAGGUUCAAGUCUUGGAAUGGUGAAGUUCUUGCCUUCUCAACCUCAUGCCCCACCUCCACUACCUGAGGUAUGGUGACUCUGAGGUUAAACUCACCACCAUCUUUCUCUUGAAUGCGAGAGCAGCCUCUGGGACUAUGGCAACUUUAGUUCUGUAGGUUAUUCCUCAUCAAAAAUGAAACAGUAUGCACUCCAAAUUGAAGCUUUUUACUUUAUCAAAUGAAAUAUGUUUUGAAAUGUUUUAAAAUAUUAAAGAAAAAUGUAACUUGC